GAUUGAUUCGAGUCUGUUUGAGCGCUAAAGAGUGCAGUUGGAAAGAACGACACUACUCACACUUUCACGGCGCCACUCAUGCCAUCUUCCCUCCCUCGACCUGUACAUCCUUCAUGCUUUCUAUCACAAUCCUAAUUUCACCUUGUUCGAGCAACAUAUUCGUUAUUUCUUUCCCGAGACGUCAAAAUGGUGUCUACCGUCAUUACCUUCAGCAAACCCGACAUUCAAGGACCAGUCUACGUGGCUGGCAGCUUCACAGAAUGGUCUCCAGUUGAGAUGAACUGUGAAAGCACAGCUUCCGGAUUGAACAAAUUCUCAUAUACUGCCGACCUAAACCCAGGCAAAUAUCAGUACAAAUUUCGCCUGGGACCUGGUGACUGGUGGGUUCUUGAUGAAUCCACCUCGACAGAGAAUGACGGGGCUGGCAAUGUCAACAAUGUCCUUGCAGUGGAAGCCGAAGCCCAAAUCGAAAACGAAGCACAAAAGAGCACAGAAUCUCCAUCAACGCCUGCUGAAGAGCCAGCCCAGGCUACCGUGUCUGCCCCAGAUGCGGUCGACUCCUCUAUCCCCAACCUGAGCACACAUAACAUGGUGACUGCUGUAGAAGACGAGCUGGAGGUAAGAGCAGACGAUGGACCGCAGGAUGUACAGGGUCUGGAUGUCCACAAGGAGGAUCCCAUUCCCGAUGUUGCGCCACCGCCUUACUCUGUGGAGGAGCAUGCUGCCGCCCAGGCUGCUACAGAUGCUCAGAUUCCGUCGAUGCCAGACAUCGUCGGAGUUCUGAAAGAAAAGAUGUCUCCCCAGGCUGUUGUGCCGAAGGAGAGCCAACCAAAACCCAACGCACCAGAGACUAAACAAUCAGGUCUCUUGCAAAAGUGAGUGUCUUCAUAUUCCGGCACUGAAUACCUUGCUGACUCCACACAGUGUCUUGUUGGUGGCUGCGAUAGUCGCAGUCCCAGUGGCAUUUGCAUAUUUCCUUCGUCGAUAGCAGGAUCGGUCAUUUCCUUCCGUUCAAGUGUUCACAGUCCAGCUUGUUUGUUCAUGAAGAGGCCUCUUCACUGCUUACUGUUUGUCUUGCUUCAGGUUAAUGGUACAAAAUAAUAAUCUUCUUUCUCUUGCCAUACUCAAACAUAUUUAGUGUCCAGACAAGCUUGCACUAUCAUUCCGGUGCGGCGAGAUGCACACGCUAAUCCCAGAGGGCUCUGUCCGCCUUCUACGAAAUGAGAAUUCGUGAUUCUCUUCUCACAGAUCCUCCCAGGGCUGUCUAGCAAAGACCACAAACAUACACGCGAAGCUGACUUGAUUUGAGCCUCAGAAAGCUCACGAACCCUUCUGCGUUUCCUCCCAAGCCGUGCGCAACAAGGCUGU